GUCCCGGUAUCCGCCCAUCAUUCUCUAAAGGAGGCCAACCUGGGCGGCGGAGGCCUGCUGGACGCGCGAUCAAAUGGAAAGUUCAAUCGAUUAAUUUGAUCGCUUUUCGCAUGUUUCCGCUCGCUUCUGCAACGAGGUAGACUAAGAAUUAAAUGCGGUCGUUUCGGUGUGAAGUAGGAAAUGCGGAGAUCGUGUGAAACAAGAAGAAUAUCAGCUUGACUUGGCCACUACUUCGGACGCGGAACUCCGCACACACUUGCUAAAAGGUUGAUCAUGACAGAGUAUAAGCUGGUAGUGGUGGGAGCUGGAGGCGUGGGAAAGAGUGCACUUACUAUUCAGCUCAUCCAGAAUCACUUUGUGGAUGAAUAUGACCCCACCAUUGAGGACUCCUACAGAAAGCAGGUAGUGAUAGACGGUGAGACGUGUCUGCUUGACAUCCUGGACACUGCAGGUCAAGAGGAGUACAGUGCCAUGAGGGACCAGUACAUGAGGACAGGGGAGGGAUUCCUCUGCGUCUUUGCCAUCAAUAACACAAAGUCUUUUGAGGAUAUUCACCACUAUAGAGAGCAGAUCAAGCGGGUGAAGGACUCUGAGGACGUGCCCAUGGUGUUAGUGGGGAACAAGUGUGACCUCCCGUCCCGGACAGUGGAAACCAAGCAGGCUCAGGACUUAGCACGCAGCUAUGGCAUUCCCUUUAUUGAGACUUCAGCCAAAACCAGACAGAGAGUGGAAGAUGCCUUUUACACUCUGGUACGGGUGAUCAGGCUGUACCGGCUCAAUAAGCUCAGCAAGGAAGAAAAGACUCCGCGCUGUGUCAAGCUUAAAAAGUGUGUUGUGAUGUGAAAGGGGGCGUUGACGAUGCCUUUUACACAUUAGUGCGAGAAAUCAGGAAGCACAAGGAGAAGAUGAGCAAGGAGGGCAAAAAGAAGAAGAAGAAGUCCAAGACAAAAUGCACACUUAUGUGAAUAAUCACUCUUUUCAAGACAGACUUAAAAAGAAACUAUGUUCACCAAUUAAAGUGAUACAUUUUGUACAUUACACUAAAUUAUUGGCCUCUCUAGCAAUACCCACCAUACUGCAUUCUAAACCAGAGUCAAUUUUUCUGCCUCUAUUUGCUACUUGGACACGAAUAAGCUUUAUUUCCUGAUUAGUGCCACUUGCCCACAUGUGUUGCUCCAACAUGUUGCUUGUUUAUUUCUAUUUUAAUAGGAUGAUGUUAAUUUGGGUCAUUUAAUAUAGUUUCAGAGCUGUGGGCUAACUGGCUGCACUGCUCAUUUAAGACAAAUUAGUCACUUUUCCCCUCCUUUGCUUGAAAGGCGUGACCUGCAACCAUUUAGUGAUGGCCUUUUAAGUAAAGGAUGCCAAAGAAUGAAUUUUUUUUUUUUUUUUUUUUUUUUGAAAGCAGCAGGACCACCAGAUGUCCCAGUCUAAUGUCCCCGUCUCUUCUCAUUGAUGUCAGUGAUCCAAGUAUGCAUUACUCGUCUCAGAAUGUUUAACACCUGAAUUAGUUAUUAAUUUGCAUUGUUGCAGUGUUUUGUAUUGUGCGGGGAGUGAUUUCUUGAAGUUUUUUUUUUUUUUUUUUUUUUUUUUUUUUGGUGCAUGUUAUGUCCUAAUGAAACGGGGCAAACUUCCCUUGUAUGCUACAUUUAAUGGAGGAAGCAAUGAAGAACCAUGUUGGCAUCAUAAUUCAUUUUUCUUGUUCAUAUGUGGCUCUUUUUUUCUUAGAUUUCAAUUAGGGAUUUCCUUAUAGGUGGCAAAGUUUCGCUCAAUGAUCCAGACUUUCCCCAUUUUGUGACAUUAAAAUGGGAGUAGCAGCCCUGUUUUGUGUUGUCAGUGCUUUUAUGUUUCAGGGAAUUAUGUUUUGUCAGAUGUGUGUGGGUGUUUUUUUUAAUUUCUGAGAACUCAUUCUUGGUCUCAGUUGGAGUAAUUAACAUGGACAAUAGUUCAUCACUCUGUAAAAGCAAAACAAAAAAGGCAAAGUUCCACUGUGAUCCUAUUCCAGAUAGAGUACUUCAUAUUUAAAUGGUAUGAUGAUUCAACUUUAGAUUUAGUUAAAUGUUACAAAUUCUGAUUCUAGAGGUAGAAGGUUGUAGAGAGGUCUUGUCCAGAUUAUUCCUUUUGUGGAACUUGUGAGAGAGUUCUUGGAUCUGUUUCUUAAAGUGUUGGAAUGAUGUAGUGGGCUGUGGUUUAGCAGAAAUGGUUGUCCAGUAGAAUAAUUUGUCAUUUUCCUUCUAAGUGAUUGUGUAAUGUGGUGAUGUAACUGGAACUGAUGUUUGUAAAUGAGGCAAUAAUUGCCAUAAAAUUGGGUUUUAGUAAAAAGUGAAUGAUUAAAAAAAAAAAAAACUAGUUUCCUUCCCUGGUUAGCCCAUUGUUCACCUUUUCCAUUGUAGUUGGAAGCUGCUGUCCCUGGGGAUUAUUAUUAUUAUUAUUUUUUUUUUAAGUUUGCAGUCUAGGUGCUACAUUAAGAUAUCAAAAAGUACUAAGAACUUAAAUUUUUUUUUUGGGGGGGGGGGGGUUGUUAUUUACAGAAAAUCCAAAUAGGAUGCAUUUUAUAAUAUUUUGAUUUAUGAAAUUUCACCUGAUUACCAGGUAUGUUGUUUGUGUGUCUGUGUAUGGUCCCCCCCCCCCGAAGUAGAUAUCAUUAAUGCAGUUUAAAUUACAACAGUCUUGUUGAUAUUUCAAAAUUUGGCUUUUUUUUUUUUUUUUUUUUUUUUUUUUUGGGCGUGCCAACAGCUGAUUUCUGAAAUGUAUCAUUUAUACUUGGAUCGUAUUUUAACAACCUUUGUAUAGUUGUGAUACUGAAAGGUGCAUAUUUUGUAAAUUGUGCUUCAUUUUGUUGGUGUGUCUAAAUGAAUGUUGCUUUUAUUGGAGUUUCACUCCGCUCUGUGUAUGUGACUAGAGUGUGAUUGCAACCAGGUCUAAGUGAAUGAAUGAUCACGUCACAGCACAGUAGUGAUCUGAUCUCAGAUGAGUCUAUUGUUUUUAUUUUAUUUUUUUUUUUUGCCAUGAAUCUCAUCACUCCUAUUUAAUGUGUAAUAAAGAACAAAGUAAAGAGGAAUCCAA